AUGUGGUGCCUGAGCCUCGCUGCCUUGGUGGCCUUCUGCGCCGGUCUGUGGGUCUCCAACCCGGGCCAGGGCGUAGAGGCCGUGGCGCGGCCGGGGGCUGACUGUGAAGUGUGUAAAGGAUUCUUGAACCGAUUCUACAACUCCCUGAUAGCCAAGGACGUGAGAUUUACACUGGAUGUCAUAGAGAAAGAAUUGAUCGGCUUUUGCUUGGAUGCCAAAGGAAAAGAACACCGCCUGUGCUAUUAUCUAGGAGCUACAAAAGAUGCAGCCACCAAGAUUCUAAGUGAAGUCACGCGCCCCAUGAGUGUGCACAUGCCUGCCGCGAAGAUCUGUGAGAAGCUGGAGAAGAUGGACAGCCAGAUCUGUGAGCUGAAAUAUGAGAAGAAGUUGGACUUGGCCUCUGUGGACCUGUGGAAGAUGAGAGUGGCUGAGCUGAAGCAGAUCCUGCUCAGCUGGGGGGCCGAGUGCAGGGCCUGCGCUGAAAAAUCCGACUAUGUGAAUCUGAUCAAAGAGCUGGCCCCCAACCAUGCAGCAAUACACCCCCAAGCAGAGCUCUGACCUCAGAUACCAAAAUGACUGUCCAAGAUACAGAUAUGUUGGUUAAGGAGAACCAGGAAUUGCCUUGUACUAGGUAUCAGUCUUUUCUUUUUUGGUGUUUCAAGGUAGGUUCUUGCUUUAGCCCAGGCUGACCUGGAAUUCACUAUGUCGUCUCAGGGUGGGCUGGAACUCACGGCAAUCCUCCUACUUCUGCCUCCCAAGUGCUGGGAUUAAGGGCAUGAACCACCAUGCCUGGCUGGGUGCCAGACUUUUUAUCUUUCUCCUAAACCUCGGAAUUCUGUUACUUAGGCGUAUGAGUGAAACUAUGACUCUUGCUGGUAUUGCACAAUUUGCAGUGUGCCAAAACCCAAAAGUGCUCUUCUCAUCUUUCCUUGGAAGUGCAAUAGCUCCUUUUGCAUAUCUGUAAUCACCAUACCCGAUAGAAAUCACACAGGGAAGGUAAGAUUAAUUUUGUCUCAUGGUUGAAGUCUACCAUGGUAGGGAAGGCAUGGGGAACAGCCCAGAGCAUGCUGGCAGGCGCAUGUGGCAGAGGCUGUUAACAUCACUGUGGACCAGGAAACAGAGGAUGUUGUCAAAACCAACUGGACCACAACCUUCAGAGCCCACUUCUGCCAGCUAGGCCUUUUCUCUGAAGGGUUCCACAUCCUCCCUAAAUAAUGGCCCCAUCUGGGGAACAAAUAUUCUAGAUGAGCCUGUGGGAGGCAAAGAUCCAAACGAUAACAAAAGGACAAUGUAAGUUAUCAUUGCUGACCUCCACAAACUGAGAAAAGUCAGCUACUGAAAAAUAGAUAGAUUCCAAGAGAGGACAGAGUACUUACAGGCAUCUCUUUCUGUAAGAUUUUAAAAUUAAACAUGUUGGAUUAGGAUAAAAGAAACAAUAAGGGCUAAAGAGAUGACUUAGCAGUUAAGUCACUUGCCUUUGAAUCCUCAGGACCCAGGUUCG